UAUAACUGAUCCCAACCGUUAUUCUGCCUCGCCGUCUUACAUAAAGUUGAAUAUCAUUUUUUAAUCGUUUAAUUCAGCAACUUCUCGCAUUGUGUAGUUGAGAUUGUAAAUUCACUUCCGUUGUAAACUUUGAUUCAGGAAAAUAUGGAUUGUACCCUUCACUCCUUUGGAUGAAGCGCUGGAUGGGCUCUUGUGACUAUGAGUUGCACGGACCAUUUCACUUCAGCGAGGCAACUUUUGGUGACGUUUGGGUUGUGAUCUCUUGGUUUCACCUGGUGGAAAAGUAAAUGACAUUAAAGAGCAUCAUUCGGCUAUGGAGUCUGACAAGUAACGACGCUGUAAACAGGACGGAAAAUGCAGAAGAGUGUUCGGUAUAAUGAGGGGCACGCUCUGUAUCUCUCCGUGGUCGCGCGCAAAGAGGGCACGAAGCGAGGGUACCUCUACAAGAAGACCACAGAAAACAGUCGUUGGCACGAAAAGUACUUCGCACUCUACCAGAAUGUCCUGUUUUAUUUCGAAAACGACCAGAGUGCACGGCCGUCCGGAAUUUACUUACUGGAGGGGAGCACAUGCGAGAGAGUCCCUGCACCCAAAGUAUCAGCCGCGGGCAAGGAAACGCUGGACAAGCAGCACUACUUCCUUAUUGUGUUCGGCCAUGACGGCCAGAAGCCCCUGGAGCUGCGUACGGAUGAGGAGGCGGAGUGUGACGAGUGGGUGGAGGCCAUCCAACAGGCCAGCUACUCUGACAUCAUCAUCGAGCGUGAGGUGCUCAUGCAGAAGUACAUCCACCUGGUGCAGAUUGUGGAGACGGAGAAGGUGGCCGCCAAUCAGCUGAGGACGCAGCUGGAGGACCAGGACACGGAGAUCGAGAGGUUAAAGGCAGAGAUUAUAGCGCUGAAUAAGACAAAGGAGAGAAUGCGACCUUACCACGUGCACCAGGAGGAGGAGGACCCUGACAUCAAAAAAAUUAAAAAGGUGCAGAGCUUCAUGCGCGGCUGGCUGUGUCGCCGCAAGUGGAAGAUCAUCGUGCAGGACUACAUCUGCUCGCCGCACGCCGAGAGCAUGCGCAAGCGGAACCAGAUCGUCUUCAACAUGGUGGAGGCGGAGACGGAGUACGUGCACCAGCUCUCCAUCCUGGUCAACUGCUUCCUGCGCCCGCUCCGCAUGGCGGCCAGCUCCAAGAAGCCGCCCAUCAGCCAUGACGACGUCAGCAGCAUCUUCCUCAACAGCGAGACCAUCAUGUUUUUGCACGAGAUAUUCCACCAGGGCUUGAAGGCAAGGAUAGCCAACUGGCCCACCCUGGUUCUCGCGGAUCUGUUUGACAUCCUGUUGCCUAUGCUGAACAUAUACCAGGAGUUUGUGCGUAACCACCAGUACAGCCUUCAGGUGCUGGCCAACUGCAAGCAGAACCGCGACUUCGACAAGCUGCUGAAGCAGUACGAGUCCAACGCAGCUUGCGAGGGGAGGAUGCUGGAGACCUUUCUUACCUACCCCAUGUUCCAGAUCCCGCGCUACAUCAUCACGCUGCAUGAGCUGCUGGCCCACACCCCUCACGAGCAUGUGGAGCGCAAGAGCCUGGAGUUCGCCAAGUCCAAACUGGAGGAGCUGUCCAGGGUUAUGCACGAUGAGGUGAGUGACACGGAGAACAUCCGCAAGAACCUGGCCAUCGAGCGCAUGAUCGUGGAGGGCUGCGACAUCCUCCUGGACACUAGCCAGACCUUUGUCAGACAGGGCUCUUUGAUCCAGUUGCCCUCGGUGGAGCGAGGGAAGCUGAGUAAGGUGCGUCUGGGCUCCCUGUCCCUGAAGAAGGAAGGGGAGCGCCAAUGCUUCCUCUUCACCAAGCACUUCCUCAUCUGCACGCGCAGCUCCGGCGGCAAGUUGCACCUUCUUAAACAAGGUGGUGUUGUGUCUUUGAUCGACUGUACGCUCAUUGAGGAAACAGACACCAGUGACGAAGAGUCCAAGAACACAGGCCAGGUGUUUGGCCAUCUGGACUUCAAGAUCGUGGUGGAGCCGUCGGAGGGGCCUGCUUUCACUGUGGUCCUCCUCUCGCCCUCGCGGCAGGAGAAAGCCGCCUGGACCAGCGACAUCAGCCAGUGUAUUGAUAACAUACGCUGCAAUGGCCUGAUGACCAGUGUCUUUGAGGAGAACUCUAAAGUCACCGUGCCACACAUGAUCAAAUCCGAUGCGCGUCUCCAUAAAGACGAUGUUGACAUUUGCUUCAGCAAGACGCUCAACUCCUGCAAGGUCCCGCAGAUCCGCUACGCCAGCGUGGAGAGGCUCCUGGAGCGGCUGACGGAUCUGCGCUUCCUCUCCAUCGACUUCCUCAACACCUUCCUGCACACCUACCGCAUCUUCACCACCGCCGCCGUGGUCAUGGACAAGCUAGCCGACAUCUACAAGAAGCCCUGCACCUCCAUACCUGUCAGGAUCCAGUACCACUCAUUUGACCGCUUGUCCAUCACAUCACUGUGUCCAGACUACAGCCUGAAGAUCAGGAAGAUAGCCCUGGAUCAGUCAAAGUCCCUGGAGCUCUUCUGGAGCACCAGCCAGAACAACCGCGGUGGCAGCAGCAGCAGCGGCGGAGGCGACCACCACCCCAACGACCGCUCCCCCGACCAACGACCGCUGGGGCGCAAGUUCUCGGGCCCGCCGCCCCUCUCCAUCCCCUCCCGCACCUCCUCCCCGGUGCGUACCCGCAAGCUGUCCCUCAACUCCCCUCUGGGAGGCCUGUCCUCGUCCCCCUUGGUCUCCUCCUCCUGCAGCAGAGUGCUGGACCUCAUCUCCUCCAAUGCCGCCUAUGCUGCCAAUGCCACCAAUGCCACCUCCCCCUCCACCUCCUCGUCUGCUGCGGUGUCCUCCUCAUCUGCUGUCGUCACCUCCAACUCCAGCACCACCACCAGCAGCAGCACCUCCACCACCUCCACCACCUCCUGCUCCUCUGCCACCAGUAGUCCCACGUCAGCCAAUUGCCCGGUCUUCAGCCCGGUGACUCCCACUACCUCCCCUCCUCCCACCGUAACCCCCACCUCCACUGCUCCUACUCCCACGACCCCUGGCCCUGCCUCCUCCAUGGUCACCUCCCCUGGCUCAGGUCCCUCUGGCACCUCCACCUCCACCACCCCCUCACCGGAGCAGAGCCCCACGACUGCCCCCACCACCAACAACAUCAACAACAACACUACUACUACUACUACUGCUACUAGUGCUGUUGCUGAGGAGAACCCGGAGAUGCCACGCGUGGACGCUUUCUGUGGCAAACUGAGACGCAGCAUCCGCAGGGCUGUCCUGGAGUCAGUGUCGCUGGACAAGUUCAUCCCGGAGGGAAGCCCUCAGGGUAGUGAGUCUGGAGAGGUCUCGCCCUGCCGCUCCCCCUCCACGCCACGCCACCUGCGCUACCGAGGAUCGGGAGGCCAGGGAACAGAGAACUCCCGCACCCCCGUGUCUCCUGCCUCUGCCUUUGCCAUCGCCACAGCUGCCGCCGGCCACAGCAGCCCGCCAGUUCAUAAGAAGAGGGGGUCCUUGAUUGUUGGCAUGGCGAAAUUACAUGACAGAGUAUUAUGUGAUUUUGACAUGAGUGGCGAUCUGAAGGGAGGUGUCAUCGGCCUGCUGGAGGAAGUGCUCAAAGACCCUGACCUGCUGCCCCAGGAGAGGAAAGCCACCGCAAACAUACUAAGUGCCCUUUCUCAAGAAGAUCAGGACGACGCGCAGCUGAAGAUUGAGGACAUUCUGCAAGUGGCUGAGUGUCAUCAUGCGGAGUGCUUUGAGUCUCUAUCUGCCAUGGAGCUGGCUGAGCAGGUCACCCUGCUGGACCACAUAGUCUUCAGGAGCAUUCCUUACGAGGAGUUCCUGGGCCAGGGUUGGAUGAAGAACGACAAGAUAGAGCGCACGCCCUACAUCAUGAAGACGAGCCAGCAUUUUAAUGACAUGAGUAACCUGGUGGCGUCCCAGAUCAUGACCCAUACGGACGUGGGUUCGAGGGCCAACUCCAUAGAGAGGUGGGUGGCUGUGGCCGACAUAUGCCGCUGCCUGAACAACUACAACGGCGUGCUGGAGAUCACCUCCGCACUGAACCGCAGUGCCAUCUACAGGCUCAAGAAGACAUGGGCCAAAGUCAGCAAGCAGACUAAAGCUCUGAUGGACAAGCUCCAGAAGACGGUCUCUUCAGAGGGGAGAUUCAAGAACCUAAGGGAAACUUUAAAAAAUUGUAAUCCACCAUGUGUGCCCUACUUGGGAAUGUACUUAACGGAUCUGGCCUUUAUCGAAGAAGGAACUCCUAAUUUCACUGAGGAGGGCCUGGUCAACUUCUCAAAGAUGAGAAUGAUAUCCCACAUCAUCCGCGAGAUUCGUCAGUUCCAGCAGACACCAUACAGAAUAGAGCACCAACCGAAGGUCACUCAAUAUCUGUUGGAUAAAACACUCAUUAUGGAUGAAGACACCCUGUAUGAGCUCUCCCUGAAGAUUGAACCCCGGCAUCCUGCCUGAGUUUCAGCCCUGAGAUAGAUGUCACGCUGCUCCCACCAGCAGGAUUGGGAGAGGGGGAAGCCUGGAACGUCUCUCGCAAUGCUGGAAUACUGAAAGGACACUGAAAGAACUGUCAGCUGGGCUGGGUGGGCAACGACAGGAGGGAGAGAAGGGGGGGUGGGGGGGAGACUCAGAGAGAGUCAGAAGAUUGUCUGGAAGGAAAAGUCUGAGCUUUGUCGUCGUCUGUUUUUGAGGGACGAGGAUGUUGUGAGAUUGAGGUUGCCCGCUGACAAAGUCCAUUGAGUAUCUUUGUAAGUGGGCACAUGAAAGACGAGAAUGUGGGAGAGACGUCAGUGAGGAAGCUGUCUGGAUCGAGGGACACCAUUCUCAUAAUCACCUGUCUGAGAAGAAGAAGAAGAAGAAAAAAAGAAGAAAAAAAUUAAAAGAAGAACUAAAAAAGAAAGACAAAAAGACAUGUAGCAUGUACAGAAGUUCUUGGUUCUGUAACAGUUUGUAUACCGUGUCAUUUCUUGUACUAUGUCCAUCUGCCGUGCCAUUUCCAGCCGUAGCAGUAGCUGCCCCAUUCAUUUCCCUGCUUUCCUGGGCUGUGAAAGUCAGCAGCUGACUUUGACAUUGCAUGAGCUAUAGACAAUAUGGAUGUGAAAACGCCUUCCCAUUUCUGUCAUCAUUAUCCUCAGGCAUUGAUUAGUAAUCCUAUAGACUAGAGAGUUUAGAAUUCACCCAUCAACAUUUGAGGUUUUUUAUUAUUAAUAUUCUGUUUUGUUGCAAGUUAUUGUUCGAAGGUGAGCUGCUUUUGUCAGGUUACGAUGUCAGUGUGAGAUCGCCAGACAUGGCUAAAUGAUAUGAUAUUUAUAUUACUAUUAUAAGGUGCCUUGUGCUUCACAGCUAAUCCAAUCUGAACAGGAAUCUGGCAAAGCACCCAUAAGCAACCAAACAAUUUCCUGAAUCUGCUGCCACCUAAAGUAAUUGCCACGAACUCCCCUGCAACACUAAAACAAAUUUAGACAUUCAUAUUUCAUUAGCACAGCUUGUAAAUCUGUGUGGCUUUUGAAUAGCUGGCAGCCGUGGCAGGCAAAGUGAAUGUAACACUGAUUCAGUGUGUGCACAGUAGUCAACCUCUAAUGCCAUGGCCUUUCCUCUUCGUUUAUUGAUCCUUGACAAUUCCUGCCUUCUACCAUGGGAGUUAGAGGGCUGGACUGGGGAUGAUGCUUUCAUAUGUGGCUCUAAAAAAAGAAAACCCCUGAUGAAAGUUUCCUUUGGCUGCAGCAGCAGUGGCUUCAAAUGCCGUUCUGAUCCAAAGGCCAUGGCUGACCCCAGGACAAUCCUUUUGUUCUCAUCCUUGCGAUGCAAGAUCUUUUAUUAUUAUUGAAGAAAAAACAACCUUAAGGUACACUAGAUUCCAAUCCAAAAGCAUGACAAGGGCAUGUGUAGCAAGUUUUUAUGUCAUGUAUUUAUUUCCUAUUUUCUAAAGAAUUAUAUUGAAUAUUCUGGUCGCAAUUUGCCAUCCCGGCGUCCUGGAUGCAGAGUGCACACUUGUCAUUAGUGUUGCAUAUCAUUACCCCAACAUCCCCCCCUAGUGGUAGGACCAGAGCAGCACACUUAAUGAGGAUUGAGCACCAUGUAUCCAGGUGAACGCCAGCCAGCGCUUGUCUCCUUUCUCCUCCAAGAGAUGAAUGGCAAAAUAAUGCAUACUGACGUUAAUGUGUUAGGUGGUUAUUAAGUCUUCGAGGAUAAUUCAUCAGGACUGUUUGCAUGCAACGUUAAAGGCAUAUUUGCAUGACAGAGAUUUAUUUUUCAACAACGUUAUGGGUUCCUUUUUUUGUUGCUGCUGCUGCUGCUGUGUAUUUAAGUAUCUCUGUAAAGAAAAGAAAAAAAAAACAAGCAAGCAAGAGAACGCCAUCGUCUCUUCUCGUGACAAAUGGAUUUCCCCAAAGUAGAAUGUUAUUUGCCGUCAUGUUCAAGGUCUGGGCGGGCGGCUGAAGGGGGCGGCUGUGGUAUGUGAUAUUGUAAAACAGCACAGUGCGUCACGGGGAAUGACUUAAUCAAAUAUCCACGCUCCAUCUCCCUGUUUAUGGCUGCUUGACGGGGAUGGCGAAAGCAAGACUGAUGUGUAAACUAAAACGGCGCUCUCCAACCACAGUGGUGGCAGGAAGGUCGCACCUUUUCUGCACUGUAGCGUUCAUUUGUUUGUUCGUUCGUUCGUUUGUGGCCUGUCCUGCAAAGAUGAGUGUGGUGUAUUUAUUUCAUUAAAUAUUUAUUUGACCCUGUUGUUUUUUUAUGUAUAUAGUGCAUCCACCAUGACUAUGGAACCGUGCCACUUCCGUUAUUGCUGUUGUUGUUCUGAACUGAUGUUACAUAUGAUACUUAAGUUUCCUGUCCCAUGAUGGACCUUUCAGUGCUGCAAAGUGGCUAAGAGAAAAAAAAUGUAGCAUAUUUUCCAUGGUUCUAUUAUAUCUCCUCCUUGUUUUUUUAUUAUUAGUUGUGUGUGAUGUAAAAUGUGGACACUGCAUUUAUUGCUCAUAUACGCAGCAUGUUUGCAUGUCUGAUUUUUCCCCCUUCCCUCUCCUCUGUGCGAGAUCUCUCUUUUUUUGUAUAUUAGUGUGGGAAAAAAGUCUUGUUUUAUGUAUCUCCUCUCUUUCUUCUGUGACACAAUGCACAUUUGAGGUACAUCGAAUCCUUGGUCAUGUAGAUUAAAAACAAACUCCUAUA